AUGGACAAACGGAGUGCCAAAGGAGAAUAUUUUGCUAUCACCAUGAAGGAGAUUCAUGAACAAGUUAAAGCUUCACUUCAACAAAGUGUUGAUAAAUAUAAACUCAGAGUAGAUGUUAAAAGGAGAGAUGUUCAGUUCAAAGUAGGGGAUUUGGUGAUGGCUUAUCUAAGGAAAGAAAGGUUACCUAAAGGCCAACCUUCUAAACUACUCAUGAAGAAGAUAGGUCCUCUCUGGGUGGUUCAUAAGUUUGGCAACAAUGCAUAUGAAGUUGAACUUCCAGCAGACUUGGGAAUAUAUCCCAUCUUCAAUGUACGUGAUUUGACAGCCUUCAAAGGAUCCUUGACAAAUGCAACACCUGAGUCAUCUCUUGAGGAAGAGGAUGUAGAAUGGAUGAAGGAUCUACUGCUUAGAAACUCAUUGGAUUUGGAGUGCAUUCUUGACUCCAAGGAAGCUAAAGAAGAAGGUAAGAGUGAAGCAUUUGCAGUUUUCACUCAUUCACAAGUUCCAAAUCAGCCUGAUCAACAAUCUGGUGACAAUUCUAAGACAAAAGGCACACCUCAAUUGCGGGUAUCACUUGCAAAAAGAGGCAAAUUACUUCAUCCAAGGGCAGAGGUACAGGCUCUUCUUGGACCUGGGUCAGGAGGGUGGAAAGCUGGGCUAGAUGAUGCAAAAGGCAUUCCACCUCAUUUACUAAAAUAG